AUGGCUCAAUUAUACGGGUCCCAGUUCCAGUACGCCAAACUUCCUGCUUAUCAAUGGCAAACGUUUGAUGCCAACGCCGUUACAUACUCCCUUCAUCCUAUCAUUGCACCCGACGAAAUUGAUCCCAGCAACCAUGAUACUGACGACCAGUUGAAGAAUGAGGACGCCGCCACCACAUCUGACGACGUCGCAGAGCCUCCGCCGCCGUCCGAAGACAAUACCAAAGAAUUCGAAGAUAUUAUAGUCAUGGACGGUGUCGCGGCGCCAGAAAAUGCUGGCACUGGCGAGGCUGUGAUAGAGGGAAACACAGAAAAAAUCGCGUCCGAGGCCUCCGAGAGCGUAGAGCCGAAGGAGGAUGGUGCUCCUCCAGAGACUGCGGACCAAACACCGCCAGAUGCACCGGAUCCUGUUGCGGAACCGGAGCAGGAGGAGCUAAAGGACGGAAAUGCUGAGCAGCCCGCCAAGGAUGAAUCACAGGAUCCCGGCGAAGACCAAGAUCCUGCAGACUCGUCGGAAGCUACCGCCGUCGAAUCCAGCGACGGCGAAAGAUCUUCCGAGCCAGAAACAGUGGUGGAAGUGGUAGAGAAGAUGCAAGAAGCUGAUGCUCCUCCGGAGCAAAUCACUGAGAUCUUGGAAAAGGCCAUGUCUGACGUCGGAGCCAGUCCUGCUUCUCCGGGGUCAGCGGCCGAUAUUGACCUGCCAGCAGGCGAGAGCGAAGAGAUUGCAGAAGCACCCAACGGAGAUGAAGGAGAGGCCGCAUCUGACCCCGCUGCUGACCCAGCAUCCGAGGAGGACAGUCCAACUGAAGAUAGCCCUGCCAAGGAUGCAGAAGAGCCACCAGCCCCAGAUCAGAGCGAUGCUAGCGACGGUCCUGCAGAUGCAGAGCCCGCAGACAAGCCGGAAGAGACCGUCGAGGCAAGCGAGGAAUCAGCGGCUGAAGAGGCUUCGGUAGAAGGGGUGUCAGACAGCAACGAAGGUGAAGCUCCCGCCACAGAUGCAGCAGAGGAUGCGCAGCCCGACUCACCGGCUGCGGAAGAAAAAGAAGGCGAACCGGACGAGAAUCCGGCGCUGGGGGCUGCAGAAGCCGAUGUUGACGGGGCCAACGACGAUACAGAGGAAAAUACAGCCUCGGAUGAUCCCGUCCCCGAAGAAAAGAUGGAGGAAAAUGAAGUCGAGGAGGGGUCACCAGAAGCAGGCGUCGGGGCACCAGCGGCUGGAGACGACUCCAGCCAAAAUGAAGAAACGGGUGCCGAAGAGACGUCUGAAGUAGAAGACCCUCCCGAAGUUGUACCAGGAGAAGAACCUGCGGCUGAAAACCUAUCUACGGAAGGGGCCGCAGCGCAAGAGGCCCCGGCAGAAAAUACCCCGGCCGAGGAGCCACACCCGGAAGAGACUGCUGUAGAGAAUGACGGAGCUGGACAAGCGACAGAAGCAGAGGCCCCCGAAGACACAGCUAUAGACGAGGCGGGCGAUUCACCAACAACGAAUGCCGCCGAGGGAGCUUCUGCGGAAGAACCAGAAUCAGGACAGCCGGCUGCUGAGGAGGACGAGCCCGCAGAAGCUAAUGCUGAAGAAUCCGAACAGACUGGAGAAGGCGACAGCAAAGAGCCUACUACAGAACCUGCUGAAGAAUCUGCUGAGGAACCUGCUGAGGAACCUGCUGAGGAACCUGCUGAGGAACCUGCUGAGGAACCUGCUGAGGAACCUGCUGAGGAACCUGCUGAGGAACCUGCUGAGGAACCUGCUGAGGAACCUGCUGAGGAACCUGCUGAGCUGAGGAACCUGCUGAGGAACCUGCUGAGGAACCUGCUGAGGAACCUGCUGAGGAACCUGCUGAGGAACCUGCUGAGGAACCUGCUGAGGAAUCUACGGAGGAGCCUGCCGAGGAACGAACCGGCAGAGAAACCUACAGAGGAAGCAGCUAACGGAUCAGCGGAAGAACCCGCAGAAGAAUCAGCCGAAGAUCCAGCAGAGGAGCCUACCAAAGAGCCUGCCGAAGAGACUGCCGAAGAGCCUCCCGAAGAGGUAUGUGAGGAGCCGGCUGACGAAGAGACCCUUAAAGAGGCCGCAGAAGAAGUGGAAGACCCGCCGGAAGAGGCUCCGGGAGAGGCUGGGGAAGAACUCGCUGCCGAAGAAACACUUCAAGAAGCUCCUGAAGAGCCUGCAGAAGAAGAGGUGGAAGACCCGCCGGAAGAGGCUCCGGGAGAGGAGGCUAUUGAAGAAUCAGCCGAAGAGCCUGCAGAAGAAGAGGUGGAAGACCCGCCGGAAGAGGCUCCGGGAGAGGAGGCUAUUGAAGAACCAGCUGAAGAGCCAGCUGAAGAGCCAGCUGAAGAGCUUGCUGAAGAGCCUGCUGAAGAGCCUGCUGAAGAGCCUGCUGAAGAGCCUGCUCAAGAGCCUGCUGAAGAGGAGGCUAUUGCAGAGGGGGCUGUUGAAGAGGAUGCUAUUGAAGAACCAGCUGAAGAGGAGGCUCCUGAAGAAGCCCCCGAAGAAGUUAGAGAAGAACGCGAAGAAGAGACUCCCACAGAGGCACUCGAAGAGCAAGUACCAGAAGAAGACGCCGAAGAACCGACAGAGGAUGCUGCAGAGGAACCAGCUGCUGAAGAAGCAUCCGAGGCGCCCGAAGCAACAGUCGAGGCCACUGAAGAAGCAACCGAAGAAGUCCCAACUGCAGAUGAACCAAUCGACGAGACGCCUUUAGCGGAGGACGCUGAACAUGGAGAAGAAGUUGAGUUGGUUUCUGAAGACAAAGAGGCACCAGUGCCUGACAGAUCAGCGACGCCACUUGAAGCAGCUGCCGUUGGUGCACUUUCCGGCGCGGCGGGUGGUCUUGUUGCAUCGGAGGCGUCCAAGGGUCUAAAGGAGAGACGAAGGAAGUACCAUGAUAAACGGGGACGCAGCUCGAAAGACCAAUUGCACGGGCACAAAGGGAAACUCGAGAGGAGCAGGGGUGAAGCAGGGCUCUUCGACAGUGCGUUUGCCAGACAAAUCAAAAAACAGUCCAAAGAAAAAGAGCCUGCUCGACAAGAGCUAACGCCUGAAAUAAAGGAGCGGGAAAGAGAAGAGAGAAGGAGAGCCAGGAGGGCCCGCCACGAAGGCGAGGCACAUGUACCAAGAGAGGACCAUGGUCGUCGCCAGGCAGAGGAAGACGCAGCCAAGGACGAAAGGAGGCGGAGGCGUCACGAGGAGAAGGAGAAGCGAAGGCAGGAGGCUGAGGCAGCAGAACACGCCAGGAAGAGGAAAGGCAAGGAGAAAGAGAUAUCCCCAGAGUCACCCCGACAUGCUGCGACCGAAGGCGGCAGUGAGCCCAGAACCAGAACGAGGCGGCCCAGCAGCGCGGGAACCAGUGGCGGUGGUUCUUCAGUGGUACCGAUUCCCGAAAUCUUCAAGAGGAUGGCAACAGGCGAAAGCGACACCAGACCUCUCCUUAUGAUCAAGGUGAACGACACGGACCUUCCUGGGGGCCGGUCACGGGAGAGAACGAGAAGUCGUCAUCACGAACACCACGAACACCGUGAACACAGACACCACAGAUCUCGCGAAGAUGGUUCCGACCGUGAUCGAGACGGCAAGAACGAGGUCGCAGAAGAUCGGCUGAAGACAUCGAGGCACUCGAGCUCUAAAAGGAAUACCCAAUACCACGCCGAGCUUCGAACCACUCCAAGAUUCGGAAUCUUGGGCAAAGCAAUAAGUACGCUUGUGGAGCACACGACUGUGAGGGAGAUCUGGCGUGGAGAGCGGGUUGGUGCCUGA